UAAGUCGGACUCGGAGGAGCCAGGAAGUAACUGUGAGCCAUGCCGCGCCACGGAUAAAGUAAAAGCGAGCGCGCGCCUCGUCGUCAGCAGCCAGUGAUCUCACACGUACACACACACACACACACACGGGGAGGGAGAAUACUAGCCGACUACGAAAUCGUGCCAAAUGUAUCGUAGUGACGGACACUGACCGCACAGGAGCUCGGGAACGAUAGAAAUUCCUGUCGCAAAAUAACACAAAUAUUAAAGCAGCGCAUCGACACACGCUUCAUCCUCUGAAGAAGAAAAAGACGGAAGGAAACAGAAGCAGGAUUUUAGCGGGGAGUUUCGAAGCGACUGUUUUCUCUUGCACUGUAUAAGACACAAAAUCGGCAAAAUAGAGCACAUAACGUUCAAGAUGCCUCGGGUGGUCCCGGAUCAGAGGAGCAAGUUUGAAAACGAGGAGUUCUUCAGGAAGCUGAGCCGCGAGUGCGAGAUUAAAUACACCGGUUUCCGAGACCGACCCCACGAGGAGAGACAAGCCCGCUUUCAGAACGCCUGCCGGGACGGCCGCUCAGAAAUAGCUUUUGUGGCGACCGGCACCAAUCUCUCGCUGCAGUUCUUCCCCGCCAACCUGCAUGGUGAGCAGAGGCAGAUGCCCAGCCGAGAGUAUGUGGACUUCGAGAGAGAGACAGGAAAGGUGUACCUGAAGGCACCUAUGAUCUUAAAUGGAGUUUGUGUCAUUUGGAGAGGCUGGAUUGAUCUGCAGCGUCUGGAUGGGAUGGGCUGUUUGGAAUAUGAUGAUGAACGAGCACAGCAUGAGGAUGCUCUUGCUCAGGCUGCAUUUGAGGAGGCUCGCAGGAGGACUCGUGAUUUUGAGGACCGGGAUCGUUCACACCGUGAAGACCUCGAGGACCCUGUGGCAUCAAAAAUCUGGGACUGAUGGCAUUCACGGACCAGGCCCAGGCGACAGCAGGACCCCAGCCCUGGCUCCAACAUGGGCAACACUGAUGAUCACAAGAUGCGCUAAUGGCAAUCAACAAUCCAGUGGGCAGGGAAAGGGUGACACCAUCUCCAUCACCACAACAAUCUCACAACUCCAUCGCCCCAAAUAAUUACACAAGAGACCAAAGUCCACAUGUGGGGGGUGGGGGAGGGUUUCAUAGCACUCCCUUGUUAAAAUGUUCUGACAGGGUAUAUGCUGGUUUGGGCUGGUAUUAAUCUGGUUAUGGGGGAUACGUUGUAUUUAAUUCUUUGCCUCUCCCACCCCCUGUUCCUUCUUGGGGUUUUGCACUAUAAUAUACUUUUCAAAUAAGUUCCCAUGAUGCCUUUUAGUAAGUGUUCCUACCUACAUUUUCUUUCAUCCCCCUAUGCAAGCUAUCUUAUUUUAAUUUUUGGCACUAUUGUAAUGAAACGGCAUUCUUAUUCAUUUUUAUUCAUAUUUGUUCGUGUGAAAGUCAAAAUGUUUACUUUUUUGUAUUUUUUAUUUUCUAUAUAUAUAACUUGUGUGUCCUCGCGCUUUUGUAGGAGAAACCAGUAAAUGUUGCUAGUUUAGUUUGUGCUAUAAGGUAGGGAAAAAACAGAAAAUUGUAAAAGAAGCUGCUGUUCUUGUUGACAAGGAAGGCUUAUCAUUUUGUCAUCAUCUCCCACACUCUCAGCGUCUUCCAUGCUUUUCUUGUUUGUGUACAUCAAAACACACUUUGAAAGCACCAAGCAGUAGGAAGCGCAUAUUAAGGUCAACUAUCUCCUAUUGGCUUCCACCUUCUAUUAUUCCAUUUUGUCAUGUUUUUCAUGUUUGCACCAGUUCAGGAUCUUUUUAUUUCUAUGCCUUGUUAGAAAAUGUAGGCUAGCUUUCCCUCCUACUGGUGCUGCUCCUUUGAACUCACUCCAGCAAAUAUGAUCAAAAUAUGCAACAUUACCUUGUUCACACCAUGACAAAAUAUUUCGAGAAAGCUAAAUAUCAUAUAUCAGCUUUGUGUUUUGCUCUGUUAUCCUCAGGAUUUCUGUCCUUUGGGUUUCUGGAGCGUUUGUUACAGAAAGAAUACAGAAUGAGUGAUUUACUCAAAGAAGAUGAAGAUUGGUGUCAUUAGUAAGAAAAGAAAUUCACUCAAAGCUGACAAAAAAAAGUCAUGAAAGUCAUGUUUGAAAAUACUUCAAAUGAUAUUAUUAUUAUUAUUAUUAUUAUUAUUAUUAUUAUUUUAGUUUUGAGUAUUUAGUGUUGUAGUGAAUUAUUUGUAAGUGUGCUCAUGCUAUACACCAAAAUGUUCAUGUUGAGGCAUUUAUAAAUUAGUGGUCUUAGAUAAUGUUCCCAAAAUCAUUAAAGCCUUAAAGAACACACUAAGCAAAACUUAGUGGCUGUAAUGAAUACUGCUUUAUAAAGGACUGAGAGAUGCAGGCUCAAUGCGCUACCGCAAAAAUGCUUGUCUGCUGCAGUGUUCAAGGCAGCAUGUGCAAAUUCUGUUCCAUGUUUUGUUUCUUCUGCUCUGUCUAGUCAGCCAUGCCACUCCUGAUGUAAUUUAUUGCUAAAUUAUUAAUAUUACUUAGACUCCAUUUAAAAUCUGAGCUGUUAGUAUGAUUUGGGUCAAAAGUAAUCUUUGUAAUCUUAGUAAACUUUGGAGUAGUGUUAUCACAACACAGCUUUUGGGGAAAUAAAUUGUGUUAUUUGUAGGUUUAAAAGGAAACUCAGACGCAUUCAGGUACGGCACAGUAACACAAAAAUGUAGGUCAAUAGAGGUGAAUCCUCUAUACAGAUUAUCAUGAAUUUAUUUGCCUUUAAUAAUUAAAUUGAAGCUCUGCAUUACCUCGUUGAAAUGAAGCUGGCAGUAGCUCACACUAGGUCAGAAAUGCAGUACCCAAGUUGUCUUUCAGAUUGGUUUUAAGAUGUAGCCUGUUAGUCAAGCAUAGCCUACCUCCAGCUACAACCAAAAAGUUUCAUAGCAAGAUAUAUGUGUGCAAAAAUGUUCCAUGUUAAGGAUGUUUUCUCUUCACCAAAUGAUCAGACAAGUGGUCACUUUGAAGGUCUCAUAUUUUUUCAUACAAUUCAGCAAAAUCAGUGGUCAGUCUCGCUGGUGUUACUGCCAUAUCUCGAUUCUUCCUUGUACUAUCCAGCAGGAAAUAGGAAACCCUCUCACACUCCCUCUUUCCCCCCUGCCAGGUGUGUCUUGUGCUGUGUGUCAAAAUCUACCAUUGCUGCACCUCAUAACAUUCUGAGAUUCUGCAUCAACCUUUUACUUAAUGCUGGCAUUAAGACAAGAUACACACCAGGGAAUGGAUUUUCACACAUUUCAUUUUUUUUUUU